UCAGAAUAGGACACGCUUGUGCGCACGCGCAUGCACGCUCGUGGGCGGGGCCUCGACCUUGGGUCCCACCCAGCCAUCUUGCGCUUCCUCUUCCGACGAGAGGCGGGGCCGCGGCGCCAGCGGGAAACCAGUGCUAGUGGUCCUCUGCUGUGUACGGCGUUGGGAAUGGCAGGCGUGGGAAGCCUGGUCCUGCGACCCUGGAUUCGAGAGCUGGUCUUAGGAUCAGAGGCACUGUCAAGCCCGCGAGCGGGGCAGCUGCUCAAGGUACUGCAGGAAGCCGAGGCCCCCGGUCCAUCCAGCGCCGCUGGCACGUCUGACGUCGGGGCCUCGCUGCUUGUGUCCGACGGGACCCACAGUAUCCGAUGCUUGGUGACGCGGGAGGCCCUCAACGCCUCGGACUGGGAGGAGAAGGAGUUCGGCUUUCGAGGGGCAGAAGGCCGGCUGCUGCUGCUGCAGGACUGCGAGGUCCGCAUCCAAGUCGCUGAGGGAGGCGCGCCCGCGGAGUUCUACCUCCAGGUGGACCGCUUCAGCCUACUGCCCACGGAGCAGCCCCGGGAACAGGUGACUGGUUGCAAUCAGGACCCGGAUGUGCGGGAAAAACUAUACGACUGCUUGGAGCAGCAUCUUUCAGAAUCCAUCUCCCCCAGUGCAGGCCUUUCACUGUCCCAACUUCUGGAUGAGGUACAAGAGGACCAGGAGCAUUGGGGGACGCUAGUGCGCCUGGCUGAGAGCUGUCUGAUGCUGGCAGGCCCUUGCACAGCACCCCCUCUCACCCGCUGGGCCGCCUCACGCUGCAGGGCCACGGGAGAAGCUGUGUACACUGUCCCCAGCCUAUGGCUGCACAUCUCUGAGAAUGACCAGCAAAUCCUGAGCUCCCUGGGCCCAGGUCAGAGGCCACAGGGCCCUGAGCUACCCCCACCACACCCGGCUUUACAGGACCUAUCGCUGACCCUGAUCUCCUCUCCUCCUUCCUCACCCACUUCCUCAGGAACCCCUGCUUUACCCAGCCACAUGCUGUCAGAGGAAAGCAGUGCCAGCAGUAGCCUUCUGCCUGCCCUGUCCUUGGCUGCUCCAGACCCAGUGCAGAAGGGCAGCUCCCAGCCCCUACCAGCCAUCUGCUCAGCGCCUGGCCCCCUGCCCACCAGUUCCCCACAACCUAGCCAUGUACUCAAGUCCCCACUCCUGAGCUAUACCCCAAGUCUGUCACCCACUGGCCAUGUCCUCAGUCCACACCAGGCCCAUGUAACCAGGGCCCAGAAACCUAGCCUGGAGUUCAAGGAGCUAGGGUUAACCCCUGAGACCUGGCAGCACUCCCUAAGGACAAGAGCCACCAAGGGAGCUCUGGAGUCCAGUCCUGUCUGGGAUCCCCCAAAGAGGCAUCGUGAUGGUUCUGCCUUCCAAUAUGAGUAUGAGCCACCCUGCCCCUCUGUCUGUGCCCAGAUCCAAGCUGCCAGACUCCCUCCCCAGCUUGUGGCCUGGGCCUUGCACUUUCUGAUGGAGCCACAGACGGAUUCUGAACUAACCCAGGUGUGAGGGGUCGUGUGAGCACAUGGGAGGAUGUGUGCACACAGAUCCAGGCCUGGGGGUGGAUAAACAGUGCUCCACACUGGCUUCUUCUGAGUUUUUUAAUAAAAUAAUCUCAUGCGGCAA